AUGCCAUCAUCUAAGCCACAAAACAGACUCUUUACAGAUCCUCGGCAUUUAAUAUGGAUAAAAUACUUUGAAAAGCAAGGAAAGACGCCGGUUCUUCCAAAAGGAGCUCCUGCAGGAUUAGUUACCAUCUUUCAACAGAUUAUUCAACCAACGGUACCAAAAACCAAAAUAUACGAACCUCCUAGUACAUUGAAUGCUGAUAAUGAAGAAUUUUUACUUGAUCUUUUUGAUUUAAAAACUCCAUUAUCUCCAUCCGAAAUAAUAUUAAUUAAAUACAUUAAGCAAAAUCCACAGUACCUUUCCAAGCCAUUCAAAGUACUCAACGUAAUCGGAAGUACAAUUGUCAGAUCAAUAAUAAAAUUCCUUAUCCAGCUUGAUCUUGCGUUACAUCAAGAAAAUCCCGAUGAUUUGUCAUUACUUUUUACUCUAGAAGAUGCUGAAGAUAUUUAUUGGGUAAUGCUCCACAUGCCAAAACCUUAUAAAUCCGAUAUCAAAAUUUGCCUCUCAUCUAUUUACAAUAUUCUUCCAUAUCCAGACAACAAAUUCGAUAAGAUUUUCGAUUCACAGUACAUCAGAGACUUUGAAUGUAAAGCUCUUGGAGAAUCCGCUCCUAUUAUCGAUUAUAACAAAGCUGCAUCUCCAUUUUACUUUUCACUUAUCAAAUUCUUGAUAAGUUACGUAUCCUGCUUCAUCUCAAAGAUGGGAGAACAGCAGUUUUCUGGGUUAGAACUAGCAAAUAUGACUCUGUUCCUUAUUUCGAUUUCGCAAGCAUCUCCUGAGUUCGUACUCAGUAUACAACCUGAGACUUUCCAACUUUUAAUCGAUUCUAUUUUCAUUAUGGUGUCAAAAAUUCAAAAUUCUUUCAAUACUAACACUAACAACGAAUUAAUCUUCAUGUUAUGCUACAGAGCGUUCAAUGUUGUCAAUCAUCUACUUACAAUCAAAAAAGAAUACAUAGAAUACACUUGCCAAAAUGAAAAUUUCAAAAAUUUCUUUUUAUUCCAAGUUUGGUGUUUCAUAACCUUCCAGAAUGUCAAGGAUAUACCAUUCCCAGCAAUCCCAUUCGAAAAGGAAGUCACAGAAGACAAAAAAAUCAUGAAUAUCGAAUUAGUCGAACGAAAACCAUACAUGACACCACAUUACGGUGAAGAAAUAACUAAUUUACAGGAACUACAACCUACGAAACUAGAGAUUAUCCAUCAAAAAGUGCUUCAAUCCCUUGAUUUACUCAAUAACCUUCUGAGAUUGAUCGGAAACCGAAAAAUUGCCGAUAACAUGGCCGAACAAAUGACGAAUAUCGCUAAAAACAUAAUAAAUGGAGAAGAUUUAUGGAAUGGCUUCGAAAAAAGCGGAAAAUACUCAUUAAUCUACGCUUUCUUUGUUUUCGCACAUAUCAACAAUGCUCAGAUAUUCCCUUUCACUCAUUUAUUGCGUGAUCUUUUCGAUAUAAGUUAUAUUUAUGAUUAUAAUAUCGAAGAAAUGACAGAUGAAGAGCAUAAUGUAAGGUAUUAUACAAGGCAAGAGAUAUUGAACUCAUUUUUAAAGAAUUAUGAGCGAGGUUCGAGGUAUUCAUCGGAUAUUUUAGCUAUGUGUUGCAAAUACAUGAUUGGUUCACACUUACACAUAUGCGAUGAACUCUUAAUGUUCCUCUAUACCGUUUUCAAUCGCCAACCGAAAGAUUUUAUUGAGACAAUAAAUUAUCAAGAGCUUGUUAAGGCUCUGGUAUGGUACGAAAUGGCACUACAGUCAUCGCCAUAUCCAGUACAGCGCAAUAAGUUCAUUUCUUUCCUUACUAUCCUUCUAAGAAACGAAACAAUUUGUAAUAAUGUCCUGAAAAUCGACCAAAUGACAAGUUUCCUAUUCCAUUGUAUCUUUGAUGUGGAACUACAUGGAUAUUACGCGCAGUUAAUCCGAGAUUCGUUGAAAUUAGUGACGAAAGAAGAUUGUUUCGCAUCAUUUUGUAAAAUUUUCCAUCAGUUCUUAAGCGGAAUCGUCACCAAGACCGAUGGAAAGCUAAACAUCCUGACGGAGCUCUUUUCCCAGCUCGACGGAGUUUUCGAAUUACAAAAAAAUAAUCUUCAAAAAUUUAUCGUCCAGAACAACAUUAUUUCGGACAUUUCCAGUAUCCUCAAGAUCCUCAAAGUUGAUGGAUACCACUGCGCACUGAAAAUGUUGAGGGUUUUGAUCUUAAUUGUAAUGGACGAACCUCAAAACCGCGAAAAACUCAACAGAUACAACGAAGACUUCUAUGAUGCCCAGCUUGCGUUUUAUAAUACCGAUAACCAGAAUAUACCAGCCCUUAUAGAUGUUCUCCUUUAUUUUGUUUUCGAAAAACAAACAUUUAUCACCGGAGAAUUGAACUCAUAUUUCAUCAAAAAUCCUGAGAGUUUGAUCAUGCUGCACAACGCAACUUAUGACAAACCAAGCCAUGCAGGAUUACUCGCGUUCAUCCAUUGUAUCAUUGAUUACUGUUGGACGAAUAACGCGAUGAUUUCGAAUUCCCAUUUUACUGAUAUUUUGAUCAACUUUUAUCGUCAAAUAACCGAUAUAAACUCUCAAUCUUCGACGAUAAUUGAAAAAAUUUUGAUCACUCAGUUUUCAUGGGAUUUCAAACCACGCUAUUUUCUUCAGUUAUUUAGUCCGCAUGAAUCAAAAGAAUACUUCAUGAAAGUGAUGAAAUUAAUGGUGGAAGGUGUUAAUUCGAUUCCAACAGGAUUCACUAAUUUCAUUACUUUGACAGGUCUCAAAACAAUGAUCAACAUAAAUAACGUGAAGAUAAAAAGUGACUCAAAAGGAUUUUCAUUUUGUUUAUGUUUCAGAAUCGAUAGACAAAUCAAUAAACACACGAUUUGUUCUAUCACGAGUGAUACAGGUGAUUGUAUUUCCAUAUUUAUUAAUUCAUUGACAUUGCAUUAUAUGUCAACCAACGGAAAUACAAUAAAAACAAACAAAACAAUGACAACUAAGAAAUGGUAUAAUUUAGUUGUCAACAUUUCAGGUUUCGAUUUCAUGAUUUCUAUUGAUGGAGAAAACGUGACAACUGCAUGGGAAUCAUUUAAACUUGGCAAAGAAAGUACAGUUAAAAUAACUAUUGGUGCUUUAAGUCAUUACUUAGCUCCUGCUCAGAUUUCUGUUUCUAGUUUCCAUAUGUUUAAAGCUCCUCUUUCUAUUGAACAAACAAAUUCUUUGUCAAAAAUUGAUCCUCAAGAAAUGCAAACCAAAAAAGACUUAAAUGAUUUGAUAAUUCUCUUAACACCUUUCCAUAGAAGAAGUAAUUAUUUGAUAAACCAAAUAGAAUCGAAAUUUGUCAAGGCAGAAUUCAAUGGAAAAAUCGUUUCUUUCCAAAAUAUUCAUACAGCAAUUUUACAUACAAACGGCAUUAUCAGGUUGUUGAAAUUAUGUUCAAAUUCAAAUGAACUCACAUUUGUUUUGAAAAUUAUGAGAAUGCUGAUGGCGACAAAUCCUGAUUUCAUCAAGAAUUUGUUCAAAGUAAUGAAUGUUGAAGUAUUUGGAAGUUUCAUUUCCAAUAAAAUUGAUUCAAAAUUGUUUACUUUAGAGAGUGCACGAGAAUUGGAAGCAAUUUGGGAGUUAAUUAAAGACGAAGAGAUAAGGAAUCAAUAUUUCAGACAUAUUUUGUUUAAUUUCAAACUUUGGAUGUCGAUGGAUUUAUCUAUAAUCAAAACUUUGUUUGAAACAACACAUAUACAAAUAAUGCAUGAUUUUAUACAUUUGACAGCGAAUAUUUUAAGUUGUCAAUAUUUGUUUAAUUAUAUUGUUCUUUGUGAUAAUGUUAUUUUAAGAAAUUUGCUUUGGAAAAUAUUAUUCGAGUAUUUAUCGAUUUCUUGUUCGAAAGAUGAUAAACAAGCAAUUAUCUCUUUCUCAAAGAAUGCGCCAGAGAAAUUGUCUUUGGAGUUGUUAUUAAGAUUGUUUGGAAUUAUCAAUCUUAAUUCAGAAACAUCAAAAAUUUUGUGGAAAUUGACAAGUGAAAUGUUGACAUCUCUUUUAUUCCGAUUAAUUUAUUUGUUAGAAGAUGACAAGACACGUGCAGAUGCCGCAAGUUUUAUCACAAAAGAAUCAUGGUUAGAAUUGAGCAAAGCAUUCUUGAGUUUGUUACAUAACUCAAUUUUCUUUUCUGUUUUAAUUGUUACAUCACAAUUUCAUGAUAGUCAAUUAUUGAAUGAUUUCUUCAGUCAAAUCAACAAAAUCUCAGAAGAAAAUCCAUUAAUCAUUGCUAUGCUUAUGGAAGCUCCAUUUCCACAGAUCUGGUUCUUCUACUCACUUUUUCGAACGAAUGAACGUGUUAUUGAUUUCACGAUUGCAAAUAAUUUACAAGUUUUGGUUGCAAAAAUCAUCUCCGUUUCAUUGACAUUCAAACAUAUGCGAUUUGAAACUAUUUUGUACUCUAUUUAUAUGCUUGGUCUUGAUAAACGUGUUGAUGUUGUUCCAUUCAUCCGAAACAUCUUACUUUUGACAAUCAAAUACUCUACUAAACCAUCUAAGAUCGACAUUGUUCGUUUCACAACGAUGAUCUUCACAUUUAUUCAUUGUUUACCAAAGAGUGACAUUUUCACACAAAACUCAGAACUUAUGAAACUUUUUGGUCUUAGUGGUGGCUUUAUUUUACCAACAAAAGUUCCAAAUGUUGCAGUUAAAUACACCGAUUUUGUUAAUUUGUUCAACAAAGAGAUCUUUCGAGAAUUGUUCCCAUUAACAUUAGGUAUGCGUGUUGAUUCUAAAGGAUUUUACUUAGACAUUGAUUUGUCUGUUUCAUUUCUUAAUUACAUGAAAAAUUUUUCACAGGAAGAAAUGGAACAAAAAAUCUUUAAUUCAUUGAAAAUCAGUUCCAUUGUUACAUAUGUUUUCAGCAAUGUUUCACGUGUUGAUCCAAACCGUGUUGGAGAUUUAAUGAUUUUGUUUGAGAAAAUCUUUCCACCCGAUAUUUGUCAUAUUAACUGUUUUUCAUCAUUUUCAUAUUCACUUUACAACUCAGUCACAUUUCUUACAUAUUGGCAAGGCACAUUUGGCAAAUUUGUUCAGAAAUAUUGUAAGUUAUUUGGUUCAUUCGAACGUCAUUUGUUGAGUGACGAAAGUUCUAUUUUCAAUGAUAAAAACUUAAAUCACUUUUUUGUUGAAAACUUUGGUGAACGUAUGAUGUAUAACAACGAAUUGAUUGAACGAUUUGUUUCACACAUCAGUUUUGAAGAAGAAGAAAAUCUUAUUAGUAACAAGAACUCAUUGAACGAAUUCAUUCAGAGCAAUCAAAAGAAGUUGAAUGUUGAUUUAGUUUUUGCAAAUAGUUUCAAAGAAAUCUCAUUUUCAGAGAUUUCUGUUCAAAAGAUGAUUGUCGAAAUUAGUAAGAUCAACACAUUCGACAACGAACAAACACCAGUUAUCAUCGAAAAACUUGACAAACCUAAAGCUCAAAAACUUGAUAAUUAUGUUUGGUUCGACAACCAUUUCCAUCCCGUUUUGUCUACAACAUUUAAGAUUGAUUUAGUUGAAAUCAACAAAUGGCCACUUGGUAAUCAGUUUCCUAAUGAUUUCUCAUUUUUUAGUGACAAUUUUUUAGUUGCUAAAUGUCAGUGUUUUUGUCAACAGCGCAAAUACAAUUGUUUGUUUUAUCUUGACAAAACACGUCUUAUUGUUGGUGGUUUACAGAUCAUUUUUGGAAGUAUCUUCAGUUGUAUCAUUCGAAGUGACAAAUCAUUCGAAGUUUAUUUGAAAGAUGGUAAGAUGCUUUUGAUUGUUUUCGAAGAUUUACAAGUUUCAAUUCUUGAAAAAAUCAUUUCUGAUCUUUUCAAAGAUCCUAUCUUUGUUGAUCCUAUCAGUGUUUUUGACUAUGUUUUAUGGGAGAAUUUCCUUAACGGCAAAUCAUUUAAUCUUUUUGAUAAUCAGCCUAUUUUCCCCGAAGUUACCGAACAAGGCAAGAUCAGUGAUAAAAUCUUGUCCGCAUUCGACUUCACAUUUCAACAAACACUUGAUAAAUGGAACAAUCUUAAAUCACUUGAACUACAAAGUUCGGGUAAUUCUGUUAUUGAAUGGACAGAACGAACAUUAGGCAAGAAACUUCGCCAUGUCACAUUCAGUGACGACAGUCAACAAUCUAAUGUCUUUAUUUCAUCAUUAGUCUUCAAAGACAAAGUUAAAUUCAAUAAUGAGGUUUCAUUUGUUAAUUCGGAUUACGGUCUUACGGAGAAAGGUCAAAUCUACAAAUUCAUUGACAGCGACAAAAGCGACAGUGUUUUAGUUCGUGUUCUUCCUGUCAAAGGCAUCUGUUGUUCCCAGAUAUAUUUAGAUAAAAUCAUCUGUUCUGGUGAUUAUUUCGACAGUCUUUUCAUUGGUGACUGCAACAGUAGUGAACGUGACGAAUUCAUUUUUACAUCACAAGUUAAAUCCAUCACAUCUAUUGAUUAUGAACGAUUUGUUAUCUUGAGCAACACAGAGAGUGUUAUUUCUAUCUUUGGCGAUGAGACACCUGCUAUCUUUAAAGAUCACGAAUUCUAUCCAUUGAAUAUUAGUCGAAUGCGUAUUAAUUCUAUUGAUUCAUCAUCUAGUUCAGGAUUAAUUUGUUCAUUAGAUUCAUUUGGUAAAGUUGUUUUGUCAUCUAUGAAUGAUAUGAGUACACUUAAAUCAUUUUUGAUCUCACACAAGUACACAAACAUUUAUUUGUUUGAUAUCGGUAUUUUAGUUGCCACAUCUCCGACGGAAGGCAUUUCAUCAUUUUCAUUUGAUGGUACACAACUUUCACACAUCGAUUCUAAUGUUCCUGUUGGUAGUGCUAGCAAGAUUGAGAUUGAUGGUCAUUCAUCAUUCAUCGCAGCUCCAUUCGAUGAUCAACUUACUAUCAUCGACGCACGGACACUUCGUAUUGCUAAAGUUCUUCCCGACAAACGAAAGAUGCUUGAAUCUAUCUACUGUCCACAUUCUAAAUCUCUCAUCUGCACUAUGGAAGGUGAUGUUGCUCUUUCUGCCUCUGUUUAA